GCAAUGAAGAUAUGGCGAUUGUCAAACAACCGCGCAAUGUGUCUAACCUUCCAGUGCGUAGAUUCGGAAGGCUCGGUGCCGGGGAAGCUCGUCUACUAUUGUCUGCUAGUGCUUCGGCAGAACCUAUACUAAGAUCCGUUUGGCUGCUGCAGGAACAUGAACGUUGCUUAGACCGCACCACGAGUGGAGCAAUGGUGCUAACCGGGGACGUAAGAGUGCGACUUUCACUCAGGCUUAGGGUGCGCCCAUAGAUGGUAGGAUACUGAGUGGAAUUGUUUAAGAGUUGUCGCUGUCUUUGCUGGACCUGCUGAGUCCAACCCAAACUGUAGCGAGCUUGAGGUGCGAGUAUUGUGUAACUACUACCACCACCACCGAACACGACACCUUGGUCACUACUGGUUGUAGCAGUAGAGCCGCUCUUGGCCGGUUCCGGACUGCUACCAGUAGGACUUCUAAGAACUACCGUAUUCAUAGGCGAGCUCCAACUAUUGCAUCUGUGUGUGCGUGAUUGCCGAAUUUUGAUCGAAAAUAUACAAACAAUUUAGAUCAAAUGUUCUAGUUGCUGGUUAUUUUGCUAUAAAAAUGACUAUCAUUGGGUUUAGUCACGUAACACAUGCGUUUCAGAUAAAAUAUUAAAGAAUAAACUGAUACACUCUUUAUACACUACAAAAAAGGAGGGACAUCGACGCACAAAGGACAUACCUAUUUCGACUGGUACUGGACUCGUUGACGACAAGAUUUGUGACUUGCGGUGGUGGACUAUAGCUGCCGACCUCACCACCCAAAGAAAAGCGAACGGUCGGGGGAGAUGAUGUUGGCGUCGGAGUUGGACUGUGUGAUUGUUGAGGCGAAACCGAAUGCUGUCGACGGAUCGAAAGCUGUAACGGAGACGCCGGAAGGCUGCGGCUUUUGAAUCGUUUAAUAUCGAGUGCCGACAGACUGUGGUGCCGAUGGAUCAUCAGAAGUGACGGAUUUUCUGGAACUAUCAAACAACUGUGAAAUUAGUAUUUUCAUUUAAGAAAAAAAAGGUAACUUACCUCGACUAGGAUCGAAAGGCACCGAAUUUUUGACCCGAUGAGAAUGACCCAGCAGCAGUUCGUGGGCCUCUCCCGGAAGCAUGUACCAACGAAGGUUUUCCACUGCAGCAUGUGGCAGCUUCAGAAUGAUUUCGUCGGAGGCAGACCGCAGUGCCAUUUUUCGAGAGCGAUUGAACAAAUUCCUUGCCGUUUGCAGACAGUCCGAGUAGCUUUGUGGAAACGUUCCUGGACCAGAAAUACGACGGUCGGAGAACAACAUUUUACCGUCGGUAUAUCGGAUCGCUCCAAGCCAUUUACGUUCCUUAGCCAGCGAGUUCGAAUGAUGUCGCCAUUCACCGGUGUUAUCGUCUACUUCGUACUGUGGUAACAAUUUCCACGCCUCGGUCGCUACCAUUUUGAGAGCUUCCAAUAUGAAAGCGACUUCGGUUUCGGUCAUGAAAAAUGGUAGCGUUAUCCUCACAUAUCCAGGAUGUAUGCUGGACGCUUUGAGUGAGUCAUCGUUGAGUAUUUUCUCAUAUUCCACAGCCAGCUGCGGAUUGAUUCCGAGUAAAUCUGCUAUCAUGUUAUCUGCGGUUGCCUGAACGCCAAAAACGUCGUUCAAAACGGCCACUACAAAUCGAUGGUGCAAAAAAGCUCCCCUGGGAUGAUGCACCAUAAAACACAGUGUCGUUAAGCGCUUGGCCGUAGUACAAGGAGGCCCGAGCAGAGUUAUUUCCGGUAUAGUUCUCACGUGUGCUAACAUUUGUUUGCAAAUUUUUUCCAUGCGGUUCAUGAUAGCCUGCACUCCUAGCGAUUCUUUUAAUUGUAGAACUAGCCCUGCUCGUACUGCUCCGACUACUCCAACCGUAUCGGCCAAUAACGAAACACUGUUUUCGAUCAAACGCUUUUUGAUUAUUAAAACACCUGGAGCUUGAACACCUCCGAUCAUUCGAUUGCAGUGGAAGAAUAAAGAAUCUUUCUGAGCUCCCGGUAGCACCGGAUUGGUCACGAUCGGUGCGCAGGAAGCUGCUACGCUGUGGUCCCAAAUCGAAAGCGCAUCAUACUGAUGCAGCAGAAUAGUGGUUGCCACAUCAUCUGCCAAGAUCCCCGUUAACCGGGAAGCGCCUGAAAACAUCCCAACCAUUAAUCGUUUAGCUUCCGAGUAUUGGAGCAGUCGCUUUUCCAGAUCCACCAGGUCCAAGAAACCCUCAUGGUUUUUGGCAAUACGCUCCACGUGCCAACCGGCAUCCAGCCAGGGCUUCAGAUUACGGAUAGGUUCCGACGUGCUGACGAACAGUAUCGGUGGCAUCGAGCGGCCACUGUUGUUGUUAUCACAAAACUGUAUGCUACUAUUGGUUAGCAGGAAACACAAUCGCUCAGCAGGGUUAUCACAGAACACGACAUCGUCUUCCGGUGUCGCUCCGACGGCUGCCCGCACCAAAUCCCGAGCUUCGUUGCUACAAAGGCAAGACGAAAACACAAUAGAAGUUCAGGAAAUAAAUACAGUAUUAUAUACCUAUCACUUACUCAUACAAGUGGGACUGAAGACCGGUGACGGCGGAAAUGCAGUUGGUAUCACCGAAUGCCGGUAGCACCUCUUUGUUGAUAUAGUCUUCGAGGAACUGCAGGGAUCGACCGGAUGAAGCGUAGUCUGCGUAUACCACUGAAAGGUUAAAAGAGAAAAGGGAAAACGGUUAAUAAAAAGGAGCUAUAGUCAAAAUGGUAAACUGGUUCCUCUAUUCCCGACCUUGUAAAACAGUUACAUGUUACAUUAAGAUAAUUUAAAUUAAUUCUAAAUUAAAUUGAAUUACUGCAAUUUUUUAAAAUUAAAUAAUCAAUUUAAAAGCGACAGAAAGAUACAUAAAUACAUGUUUUACGUGUUGGGUUUUCGUUGAAACUCCAAACAGUUCACAAAAAAAAUGUAAGUACAAAAAAAUUGAUGUUACUCUUAAGAACUGUUCACAUAAAAUUCCAUUUUCGCUCACUGUUCAGUGAGCACCUUUGAAAGAACUCAAACACCGAGUUCAUUCUCUUCCCAGUAACUCAUUCUCUCAGCGAGCGAAUGAAUCGUUUGGCGACUCUCGCAUUCUCCCGCAAUGUUUCCUCCCACUCACAGUUCAUUCCAGAUCGAACUGUCAAAUCGUUUGGGUCGCGUUGUUUCCGUCUUUGGUCGGAUUGUUUUUCAAAAAUUAAAGUUUUUUCUAUUUUCCUCCACAAAACAUGGAAACAAUCUUCGAAAUCCAACGGCGUCUGCACGAGGAAUGCGACCGGCUGGUGAUGGCCAUGUCCGAGGAGCUUCAGAUGCCAAAAAAGACGACCAAGGAAAAGGUGCUGGCUGAUCAUCGGAUAAAAAUUUACCUGGAACGGUACCAGAGUUGCAGCAAGUCGCUGCUGGAGCUGUACCAGGAUAAGGACGGGGAGCGGAAGCAGGAAAUCAGCAACAUGAGCAUCAACGAGUUCAAGGAAUUCUACAGCCAGUUCAAUUCGCUGGUGGAGUUCCACCAGAAUCACGGGAACAAUGUUGCGAUUCCGUCGUCGAUUGAGUUUUCGAAACUGCGGGAGCAGCUCAACGACCCGGCCUAUCUGGCCGAGGUUGUGAAAUUCAGUGACGUGGAGAAUUACGGCCAGUAUUUGGAUCUGCACGAAUGCUACGACAGCUACAUCAAUCUGAGGUGCUUGGACAAAAUUGACUACAUUACGUAUCUGUCCGAGUUCAAUAAAUUUGGGGAAGUUCCGAAGAAGCAGAAGAAUUUGAAAUACAAAAAAUAUUUGGAACUUUUACACGACUAUUUGUACGGGUUUAUUACCCGGAGCCGGCCGCUGUUUUUUGAGCUGGAGCAUACCAUCAAGCGGAACGAGCUGCAGUUCGAGGAUCUCUGGAAAAAUGGCGACGUAGCUGGUUGGGAGCGGCCCAAGGAUCUGGAGGAAGAGGCCCUGAUUAAUCUGAACGAAUUUGCUAAGUGGGAGGAUUUGACCUAUUUGGGGUUGGAUCGUCUCAAAGCAGCUCUGCAGGCAAAGGGUAUGAAAUGUGGUGGAACACUGGAAGAGCGUGCACAGCGCUUGUUCGCUAGCAAGGAGGAAAAGAAUCGUUCGAACCAGGACUGUCACCGUUUGAUGGCUUUCAACCAGAAGGACAAAGAGAUUGCCCUGCUGGAGUACCAUAUUGGCCGGUUGGCCGAGCUGGUCGACGAUCAGAUUUACGAGACCAAAAUCAACUUGCAGCGGAAGCAAGCUCGUUACACCCUGGAUGAGAGCGACGAGGACAGCAUGGACGAGGUGGAAUCGGACGAUGACGAUGGAAUUCCGUACAAUCCGAAGAAUCUUCCGCUCGGAUACGACGGAAAGCCCAUUCCGUACUGGUUGUACAAACUGCACCAAUUGCAUUUUUCGUACGAGUGUGAGAUUUGCGGCAACUAUAAGUACAACGGGCCGAAAGCGUUCCAGAAUCACUUCAGCGAGUGGCGUCAUGCCCACGGGAUGCGUUGCCUGGGCAUUCCCAAUACGGCACAUUUCGCUAACAUUACCAAAAUCGAGGACGCUCUGCUGCUGUGGGAUAAGGUUAAGGAUUCCACCUUUUCCAAGAUGUGGAUUCCAUCGAACGAGGAAGAGUUCGAGGAUUCCCGCGGUAACAUUCUGAGCAAGAAGGUGUACUUGGAUUUGCAGAAACAGGGACUGCUGUAGAAUGGAAAGUGCUACCGGCGUCAUUAUGCUUACAGUGCGUGGACUUUGUUUUCUUAGGAAGAUAAUGCUG